UAUUUUUGAAAUAAACAAACAAACAAACUUUUUUAUUAUUAUUAUUAUGCUUUGUUAUUUGAAAACUAUGAUAUCGGGGUUUUGUUGGUAAUAAUUUUUUUCGUCUCUUUUCUUCGAAGAGUGCCGGGCCUUGCGAAAAAAUGAUCGAUAUUAACUCCUUGAACAAAACGGAAGAAAAAUUAUCUUUUCGAGGAAUCAGAAGCAGUAAAUUUAAACAUGUAUUUGGUUGUGCUGCAAAGAAGGACAAAUGUUUCGAUUGUAUUAAGAUUACAAAGAAUGCUCAUGAUAGUUCUUUCUGUGCUGUCAAUCCUAAAUUCAUUGCAAUUGCUACUGAAUCGGCUGGGGGUGGAUCCUUCAUUGUCAUUCCCAUUGAAAAUACUGGAAGAGUAGACGUUACUGCCGGAAGAGUGACUGGGCAUCAUGGACCUGUGCUUGAUUUACAGUGGAAUCCGUUUAAUGAUAACAUCAUAGCAUCAAGCUCAGAUGAUUGCACAAUCAAAAUUUGGUACAUUCCAGAUGAAGGACUCAAGAAAUCAAAUAUGAAUCAGCCCAUUAUGGAUUUGAGUGGCCAUAAAAGAAGAGUGGGCUACAUUAUGUGGCAUCCAACAGCUGAAAAUAUCUUAUUUAGUGUUGGCUUUGAUUAUAUGAUUAUGGUGUGGAACAUAGGAGAAGGCACUCUUGUAAAUUCUGUUACUUGCCAUUCUGACACUAUACAUUCCCUGUCAUUCAAUCGAGAUGGAAGUUUGAUUGCAACUACCUGCAAAGACAAAAAGCUUCGUGUUAUUGAUGCCAGGAGUGGUGUGGUCUUGCAGGAAGGCAUCUGUCAUCAAGGCUCCAAGGCUGCUAAAGUGGUAUUUCUCGGUGAUUCUGGAAGACUUUUUACUACUGGUUUCUCUCGUUUCAGUGAUCGACAGUGGGCUGUUUGGUCGCAGCAUGAUUUGCAAGCUCCUUUACGAAUUGAAAAUAUUGAUUCAUCAUCUGGAGUUUUAUUCCCAUUUUAUGAUCAUGAUACCAAAAUGGUAUAUGUUGCAGGAAAGGGCGAUGGAAACAUUAGGUACUAUGAAAUAGUAAAUGAACCCCCUUAUUGCCAUUACCUAAAUCAGUUUUUAACUGGUUUCCCUCAACGAGGGCUUGGAUUUAUGCCAAAGAGAGGAUUGGAUGUUUCUCGUUGUGAAGUUUUCCGUUUUUACAAGCUUCAUGCAGUUAAACCUCUUUGUGAACCUAUUUCUAUGAUUGUUCCAAGAAAAUCUGAACAGUUCCAAGAAGACAUUUUUCCAGACACUGCUGCUCCAACUCCUUCCCUUACUGCCAAGGAAUGGUUAAGUGGCAAGAACAGAAAUCCAAUAUUGAUUUCUCUUAAGACUGGGGCAGGGGCUUGCACCAAUAAGCCUGUUCUAUAUAAUCCUGAUAGACAGUACUUGCUGACAGCAGAUAGAAAUAAUGAAAGGAAAUUCAUUUUCAUUGCUGAAGGCAACAAAGUGGAUUAUCGGGAACUUCUGCAUAUCAAUGGCAACAAUAAUGUUGUGAAGGACAAUCAGACUCUUGACAAAGUCAAUCACAAUAUGAUUGCAUCCCAGACAAAGAAAUUCCCUUGGUCAGAAGAAGUGCCGUCUCGUUCUGCCCCCGAGAUAGGAGUUAUCUCUCAUCGUAUGAUGCCUGUGGCUACUUUUGUCACUAUUCAGGACAAUGACAGUUCUAGUGAUCAUGAGGAUUCUAGUCUAGAGCUGAGCAGUAGUGAAGAGUUAUUGGAAACUUGCAAAAAGCUUUCAUCCCAUGUUAAGGAUCUUAAAACGAAGUUACAAGCCAAAGAUGAAAAAAUCAAGGAAUUAGAAGAAAAGCUUCAUCUUUUGCAGAAAGAAAAGGAAAAAAAUUGAGAAUCUGAAACCUGUUUAUGGAAACAUAUGGGGAGAAAAAAAAAAAAAAAAAAACUCUUUUACUCUCUAUGCUUAUUUGAAACUUUUUAUCAACUUUCUAUUUUUUUAAUUCAUUUAUUUGCACUUAGUUUUUUAAUUUUGAAGUCAUAAGUCUGGUAUAAUUUCGUAUUUUUAUCAGUUUAUUUCAGAUGAGAAUUACUGAGCACAUAAUAAUUUCCUUGCACACUAUUACAUUUUUCUGUGCAUUAAAGCUAGAUAAGGAGUCUGGUUUUCAGGGCACUCUACAUUCCAUUAUGACAUUAAUAUGAUAUGAUGUAGUGCAAGUUUUUAAGCUAACUAAUCUAGCUCAGUUAUCCAGAAUUUUCUACAUAGUUUUAGAAUGUAUCCAAAUUUUCAAAUAUUUUAUUCCUUAUUUGGCACUACUGUUUCUAUUUCAUUAUUCUUUGUGAUUUGUUGUUAAAAAAUUAUGGAAAAAGUCAUUUUUCUUCAAAUAUUUAAAAAGCCCCCCCCCCCCCCCCGCUCCCCCUCUUCCUUCCUUAAUCAGAUGAGUUUAUCUUUUAAACUGACACUGAUCCUUGAGUGAUAUUUGGAAGAAUCUAUCUUAUGAGCUUAAUGAUUCUUCUUAUAAUUAUUUACUUCCUGUACUUGUAGAGAAUAAAAUAUUUCUAGUGAAGAGAUUUUAAUUAAGUAAUUAAAUUUCCCUAAUUAUUUGAUUAAAAGUUUAGUUUAAAUCUGUUUUUGCAUUUAUUUACAUCAAUUUAUAUAACUUGUCUUAAGAAAUAGAAAGUUUCAUAAUGUGGAUUAAAAAGCUAUAUGUUUGACUGCAUUAUGUGGAAAAUUAUUCAUAUUACCUUCAAUUUGCAAAAAAAGAAAAAAAAAAAAAAAAACUUAUACCAGAUGAAUUUUUUUAAUAAAAUAGGUUGCCUGAAUCUUUUAAGGAAAACAAGUUGUAAUUUGUAAAGGAAAAAUUUGGAUGAAUAUUUAAUACUAUGUAGAAAAUUCCUGAGGGAGUUGCCCAGAUUAGGAACAAAAGUGCCUCAUUUCUGAGAUUUCAUUUUUGGAUGUAUUUAUAACUGCCUUUGUUGUUGUUUUGCAUUCCUUUUUUAAAUUCUAUUAAUAUUAAAUUUAUGUGAUGUAUCUGUAGAGCUUUUUAAUUUUUUGCCCUUUUUCUCUUCAUGUUAUGAGAAAAAAUUUGUUAGAUGUAUAUAUAUCUAUAUAUAUAUAAAAGGAAGGACGGAUUCAAGGCAUUUCUAUGCUCUGAUUUUGUUCAAGAAGCUUUAGUGCUACUCUAAAAAAAUAAAAACAUAAUUAAAACUAUGUAUUAAUUUAUGAUGAAUGAGAAAAUUAGUUUAAAAUGUCAAUUUAGGAAAUUGUUUAAAUAUUUUGAAUCAGAAUGGUUUUAAUUAUUAUUCUUUAAAAAAAUACAAAAGACAUUGGAUUUUCAAAUGAUUUUGCAAUGUAUUUUUUUUGUACUGUGUUAUAUUUUGAAGUGUUAUAUUUUUUGUUUAUUUGUAAGUUUUUCUCUCGUGUCUUAUUAUAUUUGCAGCUAAAAAUUUUUUUAUUUUACUCUUUUUUUUAUUUUCUGUUUUGAUUCUAUAUCUUUUAAUUUAAUUUUUCUUCUCCCCCUUCUUAAAGUUAACUAUUUUUAGUGUUUAUUUUUUAAUUACAUAUUUAUUUUUCAUAGAAAGAAAUUUAUAUAUUUAGAUGGAAGAGAUGAUGCAAGACAUUUUUGUUGUAGUUAUUACUGAACUUUGAAGUACAAUGUGAAUUGGGAAUUGAUUAUUGUGAUCCUAUAAAUUCAGUUAUCAAGUAUGAAUAUCACCAUAUUAUUUGACCCUACACUGUAUAAUGGAUUGAAAUUUGCUUUAUUUCAAUCCAUUAUGCUUAAUUUGUCAAUUUUGCUUUAUUUCAAUUUUUAGAAAUUGAUUUAUAAAACAAUUAACUUUAUAUAUAUAUUUUUUUCAUAUUUGAAAGAAAGUUUUCUCCAAAAGAAAAUCAUUUCUGACUUUUAAAUUUUAAUUAAAAAUUUUGAAUUCAAAUUUAUUUGUCCAGUAUUCCUUUAACUCAUUUUAUAUUUCUGCAAAACUUUUAAUAAAAAAUUUUUUAAAACAAGAUUGAAUAUGAUUAUUUGAUGAAUAUUUUUUUUUCUUAUAUUAAUUAUUUUUUUUUAAAAAAAAUUGUUGUUUAGGUACUCUAUACUUAAUAUUUAAUGUACAAUUUUUAAGAUAAAGUGGUGUAAUAAAAUUGUUUAAUUGUUCUCAAAAUGGCAAGCAGAACGUUUGUACAUUGUAGUUUGCCUAGGAAUAAAUGCUAUGUUUCUGUAUUGAGUGUCUGGUGUAUCACAAUAAUGGCUUUAUAUAUUUGUCUUUGUGUCUUUAAAAAUCGAUUGUCUUUCUCAUUUUGUUCCAAAAUUCGAAAUUUUACAUUAGUGCCUUUAAAAGAAAAUUAUUUUUUUAUAACAUAUAUAUAAUUUAUAUGCUAGAAUUGUUGUAUAAGUUUGGAGUUGUAUAAAGCAUGUUUUACUUUGCUUUGUUGUUUUAUGUAUGCAUUUCAGUCAGUACUAGAGUUGCAAAAUUGUUGAUUUAUAUUUAAAAAUAUUGAAUGUUAGAUUCAUUAUAGCAUUUAUUUAUCUUUUACUUAUUUGUAUAUAAUUAGUUUAAGCCGUAUUCAUCUGCACAUUGUUACCUUCAUCUCUUUUCAAAUUUUAAAGCAUAGAGAAUGUUCAUUCAAAAGAACCUCUUACUGUUCGAACAAAUAGAUUUAGUAUCUUUGUAUGAAAUAGUUGAUAGAGGUUUUCUUAUCAGCAAUAUAUUUGUCAACUAACGCACCAAACCACUUGAUGCAAAUCAUGCCAAAGGAGGAGUGGAGUGUUAUACUUUUACCAAAUAAUGUAUAUAUAUGAGUGUUAUUUAUUUCAUUGUGUUGCUGUUCACUGUUGAGUAUUUUUAAGCAGCUAUCUAAGUAGAUUUAUUUUGUAACAUUUGCCUAUUUUCUAUAAAUACAUAUAUGCAAAUAAAUUGUUCAAUGCAUUCUGA